AUUUUCACUGUUUUGAAUUUCAUUUCAGAUAUUUCAGAAUAUGAAGCCAGGUCCCACUCAGAGUCUGCUGUUGACAUUUUCCUGAGUGUUGGAGAAGACAUGGAAGAUAUCGCGGACAGAGUCAGCAAACUCCUUCCAAAGCUGGGCGCAGCAGCGCUCCGGUUAUCCGUGCACGAGGAGUCAGCUGGCUGUGCCCUCUUUCAGGAGUCCACAGACAACGAUGCGUCGCUCCAGCCCGGAGACACGAGGAAACCUCAAUCUAAUUUGGAGAUUAAAGAGGAAGUUUGGGACGUUCGUGACCAGAAGAGCACAAUGGACUCUGGAUCCAAGAGUUCAAACUGCAGCCAUGAGAAAGAGUCUGAAGGGAAGUCUCACGUCAGAGGCCCAGAGGGGGGUCUUCACUCUCAGGCAACUUUAAUGGAAGCAGAAAAGAAAGACGGAGAGCAGAAAACUGAGGGGAGAAAAGAAGAGAAAUGGAUUUCACUAAGGCUCACGGGUCAGCCGGACGACUCCGAGUGUUUCAUCAGAGCACCCGCCGGCGCCCUGAGGUGUGAGGCGGCCGACGGCCUGAGCUGCCUGAUGGUGGGCCGCUCGGAGGAGCUCGUCAGUAGAGUGAUCCGUCUGAGAGCUCAAGACAAAGACGCCUUCCGCUUCCCUGUAACGGUGGCCGUGCCUUUCUGCGUGCGCCGUCGCAGCAGCCACAGGGAGCUUGCCGUGAAGAUCGUUGACGAGGAGACGAGAGCGAGCUACGUCGCCCCUGUGACGACGGAGAUAACGCACGGAGGCCAAAAGGGUUGUUUUGCAGAGGUGAGAGUGUACUCCUUGGGUGUCUUUGCGGUGGUUUCAUGUCUAAAAAGAGAAACAUACAGCGUUCCCAAGAGGGGGUUGACACUGAAAAUCCCCAUGGACCCUCGGAUCUGUCUGAACUACCUCCCAGGAUCCUUCACUGCUCCAGUGAUGGCCCAAACAAUGGUCCAGCCGGUGGACGCCGUCCUUCUGGCUGCCGUCAAGUCCAGGAACGAUGCCUACGAGUCGGUGGUGUCGGCCAGCCCGCUGCUCCACCUCACCCACCCUAACUCGCAGCCUCUUAGGAGACCCCUCGCGAUCACGCUUCCUUGUCCACCAAACCCUGAGAAAAAGGAGGAACCGGGGAGAGAAGAAAGCCGGAAACACCAGGGUGGGGCACCUUGUGAUCCCCUGCUUCCCUCAGACAAAGUAAGCAGAAUCUUUGGUGCCUGUGUGAGGUCCAGUGAGAGGUCCAAGGAGGUGCUGACAGUUCUUGGCUCAAGAGACGCACAGUGGGCCGUUCUGGAUAAAGUUGUCGUCAGGAACCAACAGAAUGGAUUGGUGUCCUUUGAUCUGGUAGAGAACGUUGACAGACUGCUCGUGGUCCGUCUCCUCUCACCACCGCAGUCCUGUCACCUGGCCGCCCUGGCCGAGGAGCUGGAGGCCUCGGCCCGCCGCCACCCGGUGACCGUCGUGCUCCAGCGCGGACGGGACGACCCUCGCAGCGUCCUCCUGGCUGCGCUGCCUAGCAGAGACCUCCGCUGGGAGCUGAGCAGACUGCGAGCUCAGGGCUGCGGCGGCGUUGUGGAGACCUCCUCAGAGAUCUCCCUGUGCGAAGGGGAUCAGCUUCUCCUGCGUUUCAGUGGCAACAUCACCACCACCACCACCACCACAGCUUCUACUCAGAGCAGCACAAGUGUGGACCCAGAUGAGCGGCUUACCUUUCACUGCCAGCGAAGGAGUCAGCUGCUAGUGCGUCUAACUGAAGUGGACCCAUUUGGGAACUACAGCUCGCCUUGCUACAAGGGUACGGCGCUGUUUUAUCGAGUCACCAGAGCUGAGCUGGAGUGGAGAGGGGACAAAGCCGCCUUAAGGGAUGCAAAGCUUCCGGGAAAGCCAGUCUGUACGCUGCCUCUGAGUUUACCCAAGAAGGUGAGAGUCAUUCAUCGGCCGGUUGCCACCAGAGUGAGGAUAUGUGAGGAGCCAGCAGAGCCCCUCUCGGACGCCCUUCUCCUCUGGCUGUCGGGGGAGCUGUCUCCGGAUGAAACGACUCUUCUGGUGCCCUCCCUGCAUCUCGGUCGCGGUGCAGCCCAGCUGGUGAAGCUCCGCUGCAGGGACAGCCCGUCAGACCAGGCCUUCCACGUCUUGGCCAUGUGGAGACGAGCUCUGCCUGCUGUCACGCGCCACCCCAAGGUUUCCCAGCUUGCUCACAGCCUGGCCAAAAUAGGCCGACCAGAUCUGGCCCGAGAAGUGAUGCUGCGGGAGGCAGAACUAACUGAAAGGGGGAAUAUUAGAAAGUAAAAAUCACACUGGCUUUGUUUAAAGAGCUCGUUGUAGUACUCCGUUUCUUCCACAAGAGGGAAGCAUGACCAAGAGAGAGACUAUAGUCUUCAGGAAAGAGGUCCUUUUUUUGAUUUGGGGAGCAGCAUUUAGAGUAGGCUAAAUGCAAUCUGGAGGUCUAAUUUUGAAUUAAAAUGAAAUUCUUCUGAUAUUGUAGCUGUUUGCCCCCAAACGCUUCUCACCAUGACUUUUCAGGAACCUUAGGGAAGGAACCACUGUGAUAAGUUGUAUGUGUCCAAAAAAGUACACAUUGUUUUUAAUCUGUGUUUUCAUGUGUGUAGAGAUUAUAAUA